UUGUUUGUUUUUGUUUCAGCUUACAGAAAUGACUGACCCAAAGAAGCCUUCUUUUAAAAGGACAUUUGCAGUACCAAAGCUUAAAGCGGGAGUAAAAGCUGAGAUCUCACUAUUGAGUCCCAAAAACCUGUUUAAGGCUGCUGAAAAUAAUACUGCCAAAUCUGAAACAGUUCAGGUUCAGCCAAGUUCUGGAAAAUGUGAUGAUUCUAAUGAUGUCAUAGACAAAGAACAGGACAAGGAGAAUAAUGCAGUGGGUCUAAAGAAAGUCAAAUCAAAGAAAAGCCUUUUCCAAGCUCCAUGCACCUCAGAUAUUGACAAAAAGGAGGUAAAAGAAGAAUUAAGUGAAAAGAACAAAAAGAGAGGAACAAAGAAAUCUCUAAAGGAACAGUCAAAUACUGAUUCAGAUAAACCAAAACCGAAGAAAAUCAAAAAGAUGAAAUCUAAUGCUGAUGACAAUGUUGAUGUUUCAAAGCCGAAGAAAGUGAAAAAGGAUAAGGAAAGUGCUGACAAAACAGAAAACUUAUCAAAACCGAAGAAGGCAAAGAAAAAGAAGUCAGAUUCAGAAGCACAGAAUGAAGCUAAAGCUGGAGAAGACACUGAUGUUCAACAUGAACAGAAAUCUUCUUUUGAAAAAGAGGAUGAAGAUGACGAGGUUAAAAAUGGCAAUGAGAUGGUUUGCACAGAAGAAAAUGAAGAAUCUGUUUUUCAGCCUGCCAUUGAAAUGCAGCAAAGCAAAGAUGACUCAGAUGAAAUUAUAACUGAGCAGGAAGAAAAGAAAAAUGAGGAAGCACACGCAGAAAUUCAGAUUAAAAAGUCUCAGGCAUCAGAUGCUACCACUAAAGAACCACCAAGAUCUCUAUCAGACCAAGAAUAUGAGGAAAUAUUCCAGGCUGUUCUAGAUAGAUGUAACAACACAUCUCUUGAAGAAAUGUAUGAGUCUUUGAAUAAGCCUGUAAAAGAGAAAAAACAAAAAGAAAUGAAAGCUACUUCAGAAAAAGUUACAAAACCAAAACAGAUAAAAAAAACCAAGACAAAGAAACCAAAAGAACAGACACAGGCUCAAGUUGUUCCUACCAGUAAAAAGUUUGACAAGGCACCAAAAAUAUCAGAACGUAACACAGAUGUCAAAGUUCAAGAAGAAAAACAGUUAGGAAAUGACUGUAAUUCUGAUGAAGAGCAACAGUCUGAGGAGGAAUUGGAUGUUCUGGAAUUUGAGAAUGUGGAUGAAGUUGAAGAAUGCCAGGCUUUAUCACAGCUAAUACCAGAUGAAGUGAUUAAUGGUCUUCAGAGCUUAAGCAAUACUGUUGAACCAAACUUUCAAGAUGUAAAUGAGGAAACACCAGAGGGCAGUGAAGUAGAUUACAAAUUACCUGUACAGAAGACUCCACCUCCAAAGAAGAGCAAAAAUUCAGAAAAUCAUUCUUCCAUUAAAAAACAAAAACUAGCACCAAAACAGCUCAACUUCCCAAAGAAAAUUGAAGAACUGAAGAAAGAAAACACAAAGAGUGAAACAAAGUCUAGUAAAAAGAAACUGAAAAUGGAUGAACAAGUGUCCAAGAAAUUGACAAAAGAAAAAGAACCAGAUAAACUGGCAUCAAAGGAGAAAUCAAGGAAAAAAGAAAUGCAAGAAAGAUACUUGACAAGAGAAAAGCUAGGAACAUGGGUUCAGUGUGGGGAUAAGAACUGUUCUAAGUGGAGAUAUUUACCGGACUGUGAAGAUCCAUCAGAAUUACCAGAAGUCUGGACUUGUAACAUGAAUACAGAUAAAAGAUAUAACAGCUGUGAAGCUGAUGAGCAGAAUUAUAAUGAAGAUGAACACAUAUUUACAAACUUUGCUGAAGGCUCUGUUGUUUGGGCUAAAAUGGCAGGAUUUCCAUGGUGGCCAUCUAUGAUAGAGAUAGAUCCUGAUACAGAAAGUUAUUUUAUGUUAAUGACAGCAUACACCAUGUAUCCAAGUCAUUACCAUGUAGUAUUCUUUGAUGAUAAAGUAUCCAGGGCAUGGGUAAACGCAACUUCGAUCAGAAAGUAUACAGGUGGAAUAGAAGAUGAUAAUAUGACUCCAAAGCCCACGAAAGGAGGGAAAGGAUAUGCAAGUUUUUCAAAGGAUUUAGUGAAGGCUAAAACAAAUGCACUCCUUGCUUAUGAUAUGUCAGUUAGUGAUAGGUUGAAAAAUUUUAGUUUUGCCAAAAGAUAUAGAGGAACCUAUGGAAAGGUUUACCAAUCAGACAGUUCACAAGAGACACCAAAACCUAAGAACAAACCUAAGAUCAGGAAGACAAAGGUAGAAGCAAUAGGUAAUGGCAUGAUAGACUCUGCAUUAGAGGAAGAUGAUAAUGAAGAAGCUGUAUUGAAAGGGAUUGAAGAAGUGUUGGAUGCCAUUGAUGAUGAACUUGAUGCCAUGGAUGAAGAUUGUGAAGAUGAAGAUGAUGAAGAUUUCAAAAUGACAGAAGAAAUUGAAAAUAAGACAAAUAUAAGAAAACAUGGAGAUGAAAAGAAAAAAAUGUCAAAAGAAACCAGACAGAUUUCAAGACAGAAGCAUAAAAGAAAUCCAGGAGAAAUUAAUAAAGGUACAAAAAUGAACAAAAUUAAGAAACCCAAAAUGUUUACUGAAUCGAAAGAGGAGGAAGAAAUGGUGGUUCAAUCAAUACCAGUAAGAUCUCUGAAGCUUGACAGCGAUGUUUUUACAAUGGAUAUGAAUGAUGAUUUACCAGACUCUAAUGCUGUAGAAACUAAUGUUAAAGAAGCUGAAGACAAAUCUUCAAACCUUGAGAGUAAAGAAAAAAAAGCAUUCACAGCUCCUUCAUUAAAUUCUUCCAAAAUUGAAAGUGAAAAUUCAAUUUCUGUUAUUGAAGAUGCUGUGGUGCAUGUUGAAAAUGCACAAAAUGACAGUAAUUUUGAAAAUGCUGAAAAUGCUGAUGAUUCUGAGAGCAGUCAAAAUGAUGAUGAGUCUGAAAUCAAUCAAAAUCAAAAUGAACAAACAGUUGAAACCACAAAUACCUUAAAGGAGGACACAUUUGAAGAAAAUAGUGCUACUCAUAUAAGCAAUGAUUCUGUUUCCGUCAAUAGUUCACCUGACAAUGAGGCAUCGUGUAUGAAUAAAGCUGAUGCACAUGGUAUUGAUAUGGAUGGAAGAUCAGAGGAGGUGUUAUCUCUGGAGCAGGAUGAACAAAUGGUUCCAGGGGAAGAACCAUCACCUGCUGAAGAAGAACUAAAUUUAGAAAUAUCCAAUCCUACUGAAGACAAACACCCAUCACAGGUUUUAAAUCGUACCAUUGCCCCUGUUACAAUUGAACUUGCUUAUGAUUCAGAUCCAUUUGAUAUGGAAGAGUAAUAUCUAAUCAAGGACUGUCUUGUAAGCUUUGUCAUACAUUGUUAUAGUUUUUUUUUAUUAUAUUGUGAGCUUUUAUGAAUAAUGUAAAAAUUAAGCAGAACAGUCAUACAAAAUGUUUUUUGAUAUAUUUUUAAUUUCAGCAAGGACACAUAGACAAUAAAUUCAUAUGCUAAUGGCACAUUAAAUGAUUUAAAAAAUAUUCUUAACAUAGAUAAAUUGGAUAUUUUGAUUGGUCAGCUGUAAAAUCCCAUGAUCAUUUAAAAUUGCUGUAUACACAUGUCUUUGACAGAUGUAUUAUGUAUGCUGCAGUCUGUCUGUCAGUCUGUCAGGAUACACUUCAUCCAAUAAAUCAAAUUUGCUAACAUCAAUUUUACAUGAAACUUUUACCUUGUUAGAAGUCUACGGAAAAAUUACCCUUUCAGAAUUAAUAUAUCCUGGAACAAACCAAGUUUAUGAUUAUAAGUUUAAAAGAUGUUCCCCACAUCUUAUUUGGCAUAGCACAAAGUAUAAAUUUGAUAAAAAACAGUCUUGCUAAUAAUAGUUUGAAAAAAAAACCCAAAAAACUGGCAAAUAGUGCUGUGACAAUCACAAGCAAUGACUUAUAAUCAAAGAAGUAUCAAUGGUACUUUUAAACAUGACAUACUUCAGUUGUGCUGCAUUCUGUGGAUUAUUCAUUUAUCAUUGGGUACUAAUUUUUUUUUAUUUGUGACCAAAAAAAAAACACGUGUGUAUACAUAAAAAAAUUAUUUUAGAAUUUAACAGAAUAUCAAAUUCCUAUAGGCUUGUUUGCAGAAUAUUAGACAACAAUGAAAUCAAGUAUUAAAGAGAAUACCAUUUUUGCCAUACCGCAGACACCACACAAAAUUGGAUCCACAAAAUUAAAUGAAUCCAUGGUAACAACACAUGAAAUUUAGUUCAUCUUAAUGGAAAAAUGAUUUUAACUACAUUCCAAUAUUUAUUUUUUUUAAAUUUAUGAUAUGUAAAUACACAGCUGUUAACAUAUAUUGACUGUUAUGGAUGGUAUAUCUAGUUAUAUACACUGUUAUUGUUGAUGAUAUAUUUCUAUAGAUCUAUUGUUAUUGUUGAUUUUUGUAUUGAUUGUCAAAAUAUGUUUUUUUUUUCAACUGACAUUUAAUAAAUGAUUGAUAUUUUCAUUAUAAAUACAUAAAGAAAAUGGUUUGGGAAUAUUGUUAAGUUAUUUCUCUGUUAAUUGUAUAGAUAGUACUAAACCAGCAGAAAAUCAUUUCAUUGACAUUGAUGGUUAAUUAUUUAAAUUACCAUGAAGCUAUAAAUUUAUAGCAAUUGUCUUCAAAGACAAACUUUUUAAUUCUCAGUCACUGUAAAAGUCUGAAAAAUAUAUAUCAGUUAAAUAUUUGUUUACAAGUUUUGUUAAAAAUACUUAAAACAUAUCUGUCCUGAAGAGAUUUCAUAGGCUAACCUAAUCUUGCUGCAGAUACUGCUAAAUACAGUGAUUAAAAAAUAUA